AUGUCUCCAAAACGAAUCACGAAUACCCACCUCGAAUUCAUAGCCAAAACAUGUCCUAAACUUGAAUUUCUCAAUCUCAAUCUCAAGCAACUAUCAGUUGAAAGCCAAAAUAGUGAUGGGUUUGAUGAGGUAUUAGAUUUUGACGAUGUUGGUGUUUUAGCUAUUGCAAAUGGCUGUUGCAAAUUGUGUGAAGUGUUGUUUAGAAGGAGAAAGAGGGUUGGGAAUGUUGGGAUUAUUAGUUUAGUCAAGUGUGCACAAAGUUUGAGUGUUUUGGAUUUGGGGAGGUGUAAUUUGAUUAAUGAUUCAUCGCUUGAAGCAAUUGGGUGUAUGAUUUUGAUUCGGGUUCUGAAUUUAGAAGGUUGUUCUUUGAUUACUGAUAAAGGUUUGGCCUUUUUGGCAACUGGGUCUUCUUCAAGGACAUUAAAGAGGUUGGUUCUUGCAGAGUGUGAUAGAGUUACUGAUUUCGGGGUGUCGUUAUUGCAGGGAAUGUGUUCUUUGGAGGAGUUGAAUUUGGCUGAAUGUGGGCCUAAAGUGACAGACGACGGAGUUAUUGCAGUUGCCUCGAUUGCUAGUCUUAAAAGAUUGAAUCUUUCAUGGUUGAUCAAUGUAUCGGAUAUUACACUUGUUGCAAUAGCUGAGAAAUGUAGGAAUUUGGUAGCUCUUGAUUUAACUGGGUGUGAGAUGAUUACAGGAGCUGGCAUUCGUGCCUUUGGUUAUCAUCAGUGUUUGGACUCAUUAGUGAUGGCUUCCUGUUAUAACAUUUGCGGGGAUGACGUGGAUAUGGUGUUGAAGUGCAGAUCAUUGAGGUCUAUUGUGCUUGAUAGAGGAUUGAGGAUGUGGAUACCAAUGAGAAUGCAAGAAAACAUUAGCAGGUUUUGUCAGUUGCAUUGGAGAUAA